AUGGCACCAGAAUAUGCAAUGAGGGGUUAUUUGACUGAUAAAGCAGAUGUGUACAGCUUUGGGGUUGUUGCUUUGGAGAUUGUCAGUGGGAAGAGCAACACUAAUUAUAGGCCAAAGGAGGAGUUCGUUUAUCUUCUCGAUUGGGCAUUGGUUCUGCAAGAGCAAGGAAACCUUCUUGAACUUGUGGAUCCAACUCUUGGUACAAAGUUCUCCAAAAAAGAGGCAAUGACCAUGCUUAACAUUGCUCUUUUAUGCACCAACUCAUCUCCCACUCUCAGGCCACCCAUGUCUUCUGUAGUUAGUAUGCUAGAAGGCAAAAGUGCAGUCCAGGCACCGAUUAUUAAGCGCAAGACUGACAGCCAGGAUGCGAGGUUCAAAGCAUUUGAGAUACUAUCACAGGACAGCCAAACCCGCGUCACAACCUUCUCUCAUGAUAGUCGCGAAGGACCUUGGGCAGAUUCCUCGACUUCUGUCCAAACCACGGACGUGUCUGUACAGGAUUCUUCAUCAAGAAAGCUUCUUGAGUAA